CGAAGAAGAAGAAACCAGGAAGCAGCCAGCGGCUAGGAGUUUCACUUUGCUAAGUCAAAUGUGUCACGUUACGACCUCAACGUUGCCAUUAAUCCAUCAUGCAUAUGACAGCAUGAUGGAUUAAUGGCACCGUUAAGAUGCUUUUACAGCUAAACACGAGAUCUGUUAAGGCGUUUAGCAAAACCACGUGCACGCAGCCAAACAGACCCGCCAGGAAACUUUUGUGUCUUUUAUGGCGUGUUAUCGUAAUUGUCGCAAUGCAGCCACCUCUCGAGUUUCAACAAAAACAAACCACAAAGCCUGCAAAAGUCAUAGAAAAACGAGGAAACAACUCUGCUGCGACACUUACCUACAGGGCAAAAGGAUGCGUUCGCGUGCAAGCGAGGAAGAAGCGGAAGCACGGUGGCCGGCGUUUACCCUGAAGAAGCAAAAUCGAAUAUACUUCUCAAAGGCCUUGUUGGAUUCCUCUCCGACAAACGCAGUCACAGGAAGGCCCCCCAGUUUCUGGAGAAAUGCAUCAUGAUCCCCGUGAUGGAAUUCCGCCAGUUCUCGGAGCAGCAGCCGGCCUUCCGGGUCCUGAAGCCGUGGUGGGACGUGUUCACCGACUACCUAUCCGUCAUUAUGCUCAUGAUCGGUGUGUUCGGGUGCACCCUCCAGGUGAUGCAAGACAAGAUCAUCUGCCUCCCGCACAGAACAUCAUCAUCCCCCGACAACAACAGCGAAGUGGCCGUGAAGCCUUUGCAGCUGCGUUACAACCUCUCGUCCGGGCCGAGAGAAAUGAGCGGCCUGAAGACGGACCUGGAUCUCCAGCAGUACAGCUUCAUCAACCAGAUGUGCUACGAAAAGGCCCUGCACUGGUACGCCAAGUACUUCCCUUACUUGGUUCUGAUCCACACGCUCGUCUUCAUGGUGUGCAGCAACUUCUGGUUCAAGUUCCCCGGGUCCAGCUCCAAAAUUGAGCACUUCAUCUCCAUGCUGGGCAAAUGCUUCGACUCCCCUUGGACCACCCGGGCUCUGUCCGAGGUGUCCGGAGAGAACCCAGAGGAGACGGACCACAAAAAGAGCGGCACUGUGGCGUCCCCCGGAGGAGUUGGUUUGGAGAAGACUCAGUCGCUCCGUUCUAUCCCAGAAAAAAUUGUUGCAGACAAACCAUCGGCAAGCGUUCUGGAUAAAAAGGAGGGGGAGCAAGCCAAGGCGCUCUUUGAGAAGGUGAAGAAGUUCCGUUUGCAUGUGGAGGAGGGUGACAUCCUCUACCUCAUGUAUGUGCGGCAGACGGUUUUCAAGGUGUUCAAGUUCCUGCUGAUUGUCAUCUACAACAGUUCCCUGGUGGACCAGGUGCGCAACAGGGUGCCCUGUGAGGUGGAGAUCCAGGACAUGACCGGCUACAAAGAGUUUGAGUGCAACCACACCAUGGCGCACCUCUUCUCUAAGCUCUCCUACUGCUACCUAUGCCUGGUGGCGGUCUAUGGACUGACCAGCCUGUACACGUCCUACUGGCUGUUCUACCGCUCCCUGAAGGAGUACUCGUUUGAGUAUGUGCGUCAAGAAACGGGUAUCAGCGACAUCCCGGACGUGAAGAACGACUUCGCCUUCAUGCUGCACAUGAUCGACCAGUACGACCCGCUGUACUCCAAGAGGUUUGCCGUCUUCCUGUCUGAGGUCAGCGAGAACAAGCUGAAGCAGCUCAACCUCAACCACGAAUGGACGGCGGAGAAGCUGCGGCAGAGGCUGCAGGUCAACGCCAACAACCGGCUGGAGCUGCAGCUCUUCAUGCUGCCCGGCCUGCCUGAUACCGUCUUCGAGCUAAGCGAGCUGCAGUCACUCAAGUUGGAGAUCAUCAACAACGUGAGCGUCACCGCCUCCGUCUCACAGCUGGAGAACCUUCAAGAGCUCUCGUUGUAUCAGUGCUCCAUCAAGCUACACACCACAGCCAUGUCCUUCCUCAAGGAGAACCUCAAGGUGCUCCGCGUCAAGUUCGACGACGGCAGGGAAUUCCCCAGCUGGCUGUACGGCCUCAAGAACCUGGAGGAGCUUCAUCUCACUGGGUCGCUGUGCCCGGAUGCCUCCAAAAACAUCAUCCUGGAGUCGCUGCGGGAGAUGAAGUGCCUGAAGACGCUGUCGCUGAAAAGCAAUCUGACCAAGAUACCGCAGUCCAUCGUGGACGUGUCCAACCACCUGCAGCGACUCUACCUCCACAACGAUGGCACCAAGCUGGUGAUGCUAGGCAACCUGAAGAAGAUGACCAACCUGACUGAGCUGGAGAUGGUACGCUGCCACCUCGAGCGCAUCCCGCACGCCAUCUUCAGCCUGACCGGCCUGCAAGCGCUGGACCUGAAGGAGAACAAUUUGCGUUCCAUCGAGGAGAUCGUUAGCUUCCAGCACCUGCGCAAGCUCACUUGCCUGAAGCUGUGGUACAACGGCGUCAUGUACAUCCCCGAGCAUAUCAAGAAGCUGGGCAGCCUUGAGCGCCUCUACUUCAGCCACAACAAGAUUGAGAUUUUGCCCUCGCACCUGUUCCUGUGCAACAAGCUGCGCUAUCUGGACCUGUGUCACAACGACAUCCGCUUCAUCCCACCGGAGAUCGGCGUCCUGCAGAGCCUGCAGUACUUCUCGGUGGCUUGCAACAAAAUUGAGAACCUGCCCGACGAGCUCUUCUUCUGCAAGAAGCUUAAGACGCUGAAACUAGGCAAGAACUCGCUGUUCGUCCUAUCGCCAAAGAUCUCCUACCUCGCCCAGCUGCUGCACCUGGAGCUGAAGGGGAACCAUUUUGAGCUCCUACCGCUGGAGUUGGGCUGCUGCCGGGCGCUCAAGCGCAGUGGUCUGGUGGUCGAGGACGCCCUGUUUGAGACUCUGCCGUCGGAUGUCAGGGACCAGAUGAAGGCGGAGUGAAGAUGCCUUAAUGUCACCACAGUGCCUGCAGUUUGCUUCCUAGCUUAUUUUGUAGGAUCAGGAUCUCAUGAUCCCACCUACAGUACAUGGGACUUACACUAGUUUCACUGAAUCUGUUUUACAGUUUCCUGUACUGAUUUUCGAAAUUCAGCCCCUUAAACAUGAAAUUUGGUAGACAUGUCUAUUUUGAAUAGACCCCCCCCCCCCCCUCCCCCCAAAAAAAUAAAAAUUCAUGAAACCAUACACCCAAACACACAGGGAGUCUGCUAUAUAAGCCUCCUUUUGGGCGUUUCUAAAGGACCUCCAUAAAUGGACUCAUCCUAGAGAUUUUGCACAAAUGCUACCAAAUUUGAACCACAUUACAAGACAUAAGGAUGAUACUGAAACGCAAAGCAUGUUUAUCUUCAUCACUGCGCGUGGGCGGAGAAUGGCGGUGAAGAUUGAUGAUUUCCCAAACAACACCAAAAGGUUGAUUCCACAUGGUCUGAGCUUGACUAAACGUCUUCCCCGAUUAAAAUCAAUCAUCCAUCCAUCCAUCCAUCCAUUUUCGACAUUGCUUAUCAUGGUCAGGGUCGCGGGGAGCUGGAGCCCAUCCCAGCUGACUUCGGGCGAAAGGCGGACUACACCCCGAACUGGUCGCCAGUCAGUCACAGGGCACAUACAGACACGGACGACCAUUCGCACUCACAUUCCCACUGUAACUGAGUGGGAACUGAACCCACGCCGCCCGCACCAAAGUCAGGCGAGUGUACCACGACACCGUCAGUGACUAAAAACAAUGAAAAUAGAAAAAUACCAAAGAUAACCUCAUAGGUAGUAGCACAUCUAUUCCUAUUCUUGUCAAACAGCUUUCUGAGGAGAUGCCCCACAGCAUAUCAUAGUUAUCUCCUGGGGUUUUGCAUCCGGGCCUACUUGACUUUUACCGCAGCUAAUUAAAGACAUGAAGGACGACUUGACCUUAUUCAAGCCUCAUUUACAUUUACGGUCGUUGGCCACAACAUUAGGUACACCUUCACGAUCAACAAUGCAAUCCAAGAUAAAAGCUGUAUUGAAAGACACAUUUAUUUUUCAGAGGUAUUCAUUGAGCAAACUGCCAUGUGGCAUAUGCAUAUAUAUAUAUAUUACAGUAUGUUUCUAUAUAUAUAAAAUAUGAUCAAAUAACAUUUAAAAAAUAUUUGACAUAAUGUCAUAGGCAUUUUGUGCAUUACAUUAAAAAAAUCCCAGUAAAAUGUAUUUUUUCAAAUGUUAUUUUAUAAUGUGUUUGUUUAUAUAACAAUACAGUUGUAUACAAUUGUACCGGUCCUUGUUAGAUUGUGCAAAUGCACUUCAUAAAAUGACCAGGAAGGAUUUGUGGUUCGUGUUUAUGACCGGAAAAAAUAAUUUUGUAUGCGGUCGGUGACAACAAGGGACGUAGCGUAUCGGCGAAUGUUGAAUCAAGGCAAAUGAACUGUUCUUGUUUGUUUGUUAAACGGCUUUUCUUGUUAAACUACAAAAGGGAUGAGUGGAUGACUGAAAAGCCACCCAGACAAAGGACAGCAUAUAUCUUACAAAGAACUAUGCCUUAAUUGAAGCACUGUACAUAACAUAAAGAUUAUUUUACAAGUUUAAAUAAAACUUUUGGAACUUUU